AUGACAAUUGCUUACAAAGAUUCUCAAUAUCCUUAUGAAUUACAAACCAAUUAUAUGUGUUUUUUAAAUUUACGUAAUAUACGCACAUACGAAUCAUAUGUAAGAUGCAAAUAUCCUUAUGUAUAUAUUAGACCUCACGAAAUGAUUGAAAUUUCAGCAGGACAAUAG